AAUACCGCAUCUAUAAAUGAACAGGGCAUCGGUGGGUGUGAUUAUUUUCUCAGGUGUUUGCGACAGUGUUGUAAUUAUUAACGUUACUAUGCCUGAGCCUACCAAGUCUGCUCCUGCCCCAAAGAAGGGCUCCAAGAAGGCGGUGACUAAGGCGCAGAAGAAGGACGGGAAGAAGCGCAAGCGUAGCCGCAAGGAGAGCUAUUCAGUGUACGUGUACAAGGUGCUGAAGCAGGUCCACCCCGACACCGGCAUCUCUUCCAAGGCUAUGGGGAUCAUGAAUUCCUUCGUCAACGACAUCUUCGAGCGCAUCGCCGGCGAGGCUUCCCGCCUGGCGCACUACAACAAGCGCUCGACCAUCACUUCCAGGGAGAUCCAGACGGCCGUGCGCCUGCUGCUUCCGGGGGAGCUGGCCAAGCACGCCGUGUCGGAGGGCACCAAGGCCGUCACCAAGUACACCAGUUCCAAGUAACUUUGCCAAAUUUCCAAGUUGAUCGUGAUGUUGAUCUGGGACUUCGUGUGGUGACGGCCCACCCUGAGCACAAAAGAGCACCCUUUUGCAACUUCCUUCUGUUUGGAGCUUUCUCCACCAUCACCCCCGCCCCCCAUUUUCUUGUAAAAUUUUUACCAUGCAGAUACGUGAUAACUGCAAGUAAAGGCUGAAGACUGUGAGCUGAACACGGAAGUAUUGCAAAGGUUUCUGGUUUGCUUUGUAAUUGGUCCAGUUUCUCUCUGAAGCUCUUAGGCGAGUAGGGGAGGGAAAGGCGGAUCCUAGGCGCUGAGGUGCAGGAAAAAAGAAGCAACUUCUGAGACACCUUAAAAUUAUUUUGCUAAACCGUCUUUUUCAGAAAGCCAUUUAAUUUAUAGUUUUCUUUUGGCAACUUUCAGGUUAAAAGUUCACUAGGUAACGGCAGAAACCCAAAUAGUCAUUAAGGUGUCUGACUGCAGGUAGGCAAUAGUUACCGCAGGACUGAAGCCCCCUUUGCAGUACAAUUUACCCUUUCCUAGAUGCCCCUUAGUACCUAGGACUGGAGAAGGUAGAAAGGGAAAGAAAACCUCCUUCUGGCAGGAUGUAGCUUCUGCUGCACAAGGUAGAAUGAUGACAAAAGGUUUUCACUGCUGGAGAAUGGAUGAUUGUGGGAGAAAAAGAAUCUCAGAAGAGUCGAGAGGGAAGAAGGAGGGAGUGGCCAUAAGGAAAGGAACCAAUACUUACGACGUGAAAAUUGUGAGAUGGAUGAGGCUAGGUUUGGAGUCAAAUAUUAGCUGAGAUGGAGAACUUAGGUGGUGGAUGAUCAUUGUCUAAAAGACGAGUGAGUUUAGAAGUUCAUUGUCCUCAUGCCCUCAAUGUCCUCAUGCCCUCAUAAACAAACAUGAAAUCUUGGAUUAUGGGAUACAUUUUCCAUAACGUGGCAAGCUUGGUACUUGAACGGAUAACUAAAAACCUGAAUCACAGUUUCUAAAUUCUUAAAAGUAACAAAGAGGUUCUAAAAAAGUAAAGAGAAAUCAGAGCCAGGGAUUUGGCCCAUGUUAAACCCCAAGCACUACAGCUGGCUUUUACCCAACCCUUAACUUUCAUUUUUAGGGUGUUAUAUGGAAACCAACCAGGGUAUAUAGAGCCUGAUAAGAAAUCUUUUUAGGUGAAGGUGAGACACCGGACGAAAAUCUGUCACCUCAGGGUAGAAGGAUGAACUGGAAAUAAACACACAUACAAACCCAUCACAGAUGAAUGCAAAUAAAAGAGUCAGCUCUGAA